AUGCCAGCAGAUGAGGUACAAGAAACUCCACAGGAAGAAGUUCAGAUACAACCAGACAUGGAAGAAAUAGUUCAGCAACAACAGCUAGAAGAGCCUGAAGGAAACGAACAAGUCCUUCCUUUGGAAACUAACUUCACAGAACUAGAUGAAGAUUUGGAACAGCCGAAAAAUCUUGACCCUCAACAAGAGUAUGCGGAGAAUAUGGAAUAUUUCCAAGAGUCUAAAAAAAAUUCGGCUGACAUAGUAGAAGAAUAUCGAAAAAUGUUUGCCGACAUACAAAAGACUCCAGCACCAGAUGAAAAUAUUCGGCAUAGAAUGGAAGCACUGAAAGAAAAUGUACACAAAUACAACAACCCUUUUUACUUACGAGCAUUUAACGUUCAAUCUUCGGAUGAACUCGGUGAAAAUAAAAGGUUAAAUUUCAAGAAAACAUAUAGAAAUGAAACAUUGUUUAAAGUUCAUUCAGAACCUAACCAAGAUGGAAACAAACCUACUUUUGUUUCUGCAGACGAUGGAACUACAAUGAGAUGGGGUCAUAAAGCUAACCCGGAUAGGUGGUUCAUAAACUUACAACCACAAUUCCAAGAAGUUGUAGACGCAAUGGAAGUCAAUGGUGAACCAGAUAUAGCUGGUAUUUUCAGCGCGGCUUUAAUGCCAUUGAAAGAUAUGAAACAUGCAGAUAUUUUGGACCAGUAUGAAAUGAACAUGGCUGAUGGAAAUAUAACACCUGACGUUCUAAAACAUUUAUCUCAAAGAACUACACAGAACCAUAAAGAUGGUAUAUUUGGUGAAGAGUUUAGAAAGAAAGUUAGGGACAAAGAAGGAAGAGAACCUAUUGUACAUGACCUUGCAAACGAAAGUUUACAAAAUGUCAUAAAAACUUACUUUGCAGACAAUGAACCGAGAAGGGAUGAAUAUUUAAGAAAACUCAAAUGGACAGUACCAAAUGAAAUGUUAGUAUUGAAAAACAUGUUCCUUGACAAAAUAAAACCAACUACAGAAAUAAACGACGCAAGACUGAAAGAUUGGGUAAAAGCUUUCCCAUUCACAAAAGAUAUAGUUGGUAACAUGGAAAGAAAACCAGAAUGGCUACAAAAACAUAUAUUUGGAAACGAGCUUAUUCCAUAUGGACAGGCACUGUUUGAAGAGCUUGAACCGGAAACUCAGGAAAGAGUCAUGCAAACAAUACGCGAAGACUCAAAUACAAACUAUGACAAACUCUUUCUAGGAUAUAGGUUACCUGAGAUGGGCGACCAGAGCCAAAAGGCAAAAAGGACAUGGGAAAUUUGCAACAUACUAGAUGAACAUAAUGCAAAGAUGCAACAACUUCAAGCAGAGGGCAAUGAAGGAAAAAGAAGAGUUAAAAACUCAGUCAGGAAGAAAGUAAAGCUUGGUCCACGUGGGUUCUAUUAUGACAUAUAA